ACACGUCAUUUUCAGUGCGCAUAUAAAAUGGAAUUGCUCAAAUGCGGUGCAUACAGUUAAUGAUUAGCAAUAGAUGCAGUUGCAGCUUAUUUACAUACAGGCUUGUAAAGUGCAUGUGAAGUGAUUGGAAAUAAUUUCUGAUAAACAUGGACUUAAGCAAGAUAAAUGAAAUUGCAGCUACGAGCUACACGAGUAAGCCGAAAAGAGCCUGUACGAGCUACCGCUUAACCAAUACCAGACUGUACUUUCAAUAAGAAUCGUACAAGGACGUUUUGGACAGGUGCCGUUGGUGGAGCUACAAAAUUUUGUAGUGUUUCUACCAGGGAGAGCGACGGAAGUGAUCAUCGAAAACUUAGAAAAUUUCACUCCGGGACGUUACGCAAUUGCGUAUACAGGCAGCGUGCCCAGCUCUUUCGGGAUAAUCAAGUUCACCAUUUUAAGCUUAAGGACCUACACGAAUAAGUAUGAUAAGUCUUAGAGAAUUAUCACUUAAAAAAGUUGCAGAAUGUGUAAAAUCAAUCGUUACUUUUACUAAUGUGUCACCAUUACCAUGGACACUAACUGUGGAAGUUAUCAAGUGUUAUGCGAAUUUUAAAUGGACAAAAAUAUUGCUUGAAGCACACGAUAAUCCUUUAACAGAUAUUUUAAUUAUACAAGCAGUGGAGCAUACAAGGGAAAUACCUAGUGAAACCCAUAGGAAGGCACUUUUAUGUCAAGCAAAUUUUGAAGACAUAUAUAUUUUUCCAAAGUAUUGUGUUUGGGUUAACAUUUGUUACAUUCCAGAAUAUAAUUUAAGAUUAUGUUGGGGUUGCUGUAACGCAUUUAUGGUAGUAAUGGGCCACUGGAAUAAAAAAAGACCUACUGUUCUUCGAGACCAUUAUCGUAUAACACUACUGGUUCAAGAAAUUCAUCGCUUAUACAGAUCUACAAAUAUGUACUGUCAAAAUGACUUUUUGGAACUAUUGUUUGGUUUGAAAGACGAAUAUACUUGUGUAAAUGACCUACAUAACAUCGAUCAUUAUAAUAAUAAUCACCCAUAUGUUACGAGAUUUGUAGAUUCUGGUAACGAUGAUUCCGACAUUGACUUUUAAGAAUGUAUGUAAAUGUGCUUGCAUAUACUGCUAAACAUUGACUGUAUCAUAAAAUAUAUGUAACGAAAAUAAAAAUACGUUUUGCAAUA